AUGAGAUCGUUCUCUGGCGGUAAGCUCAAGACACGGAAAUUUAAUUACAAACAUUAUGCGACGAACCAUGCGUUCGCACCAUACUCAGACGUAUACUUAAAGGCGUUGACAAAAGACAUUUCGACCAACAGGUCGUGGCUCAGCAGAAUGAUCGCCCGGACAUUCAAACGGGCCGAGAUGUUGAACACGAGCACAAUGCUUCACGUACUGUCGACCCUCUGGACACGUGAACACAACCGAUUGUGCGACGAGUUGUCACAGAAGUGGCCAUUGUGGACACACGAAGAGCUUUAUACCAAGGCCAGGAAGAUUGUAACCGGUCAAAUGAUGAACAUAAUGAUGACCGAAAUCCUAAAUUUGGAACUCAGACCGGAAAUGUACGACCGUCAAAUGGAAAACAUCAGUGGUUCCGGAAAACCUAUUGAACUCUACUUUAUGAUGGCUGUAUCAAAUCUGCCGGAAAAAUUUCAAUACAGUUCAACGAAUUUGACAUCUUACAGUAACACCAGGUGA